UGGUGCACAACAUCAUACUUCUUGCAACUUCAUCUCUAUAUUAUAAAAGAAAACGCCCUUAGGCAAGUCCAAUAAAGAGAGAGAGACAGAUAGGAUAAGUGUUUCCGCCGGAGCGUUUGAGAAAAGGGAAACAAUUACUUGGCAAAGCAUUUGAGCCAGAGAAUCAGCACUUUUGAUCCAUUAUUUUGAAAGAUGGCUCCCCAGUCCGAUCGGUGUCCUUACAAAGAGCAGGGCAGCGGCAAGUACUUCCAGUGCCCUGCUGCAGCCUCCAUACUCAGCCCGGGCGACCUGUCCAUCCCUUCGGAGGGGGAGAUGGAUGAGGAGAGCCUCCUGGAGCCGUCGGUCGCCAGAAGUGAGUACAAGCGGCGUCCCAGGGGCCGGGGCAAACCCAGGAGCCCGAAGGUGGUGCAGAAGAUCAAGAAAAGCCGGCGCAUCAAGGCCAACAACCGGGAGAGGAACAGGAUGCACAACCUGAACGGCGCCCUGGACGCCCUGCGGGAGGUGCUGCCCGCCUUCCCGGAGGAUGCCAAACUGACCAAAAUCGAAACUCUCCGCUUUGCUCACAAUUACAUCUGGGCACUGACCGAGGCUCUGCGACUGGCCGAUCCUCUCGGUGGCCCCGGAGACUCCUGCUACGAGGGAGCUGAGCAGCAGUAUCUAGACUCUGGGCUGAGCAGCCCCAGCCCCGGCGCUUCAGGCAGCUCCUGGACCAGCUUCAGCUCGCCUUCCUCUUCCUCCUACACCUGCACUUUAUCCCCGGGCAGUCCUGCACCAUCGGAAGACGCGUACUUCGGGCAGCCCGAGAGCAUCUAUGCACCUCCUAAACAGCAGUCUGACUUUUUGCAAAACUCUUCCCCUUUCCAUGAAUUUAUUUGAACCCUCACUACAGCUCAAUAUUGCGUCUCUUUUGUAUACGAUUAUAAAUUCUCUUUAUACUGAAACGAGUGUACCUACUAUCUGGGGGAAAAAAA